UAGACGGAGGAGGCGCGAGACCGACGUCAGUGUGCGCGUGCUCGUGCUCGUCCGCGGAUCUGCCCGGUCCUUGUCAUCAUUUUUUUAACGGUUCAAGAGCGUUCACAGCUUCAUUGGGGGACUUCAAUUCAUUCGCUGUGACUGAAGUUCCUGCAGACUCGGAUGAGGAGGUAGACCGGUUCUGCUCAGCUGAUCUUCCUGCGUUCAGCCGGUGAGGUCUCGUGACAACUUUAACAACUCCAGGAUGUUGCGUGCGAGCGCUGGUGGGCUGCAGGUUCUGUCGGUUCUGCUGGUGUUUUCAGCGGGCUGUGGCGUGACUGAAGCCGAGACUCUGGUGACGGUGCGGAGAGUGACCCAUCCUCCCGUACGUCGGCAGUUGGCAGAGUCUGCGCUCCUCCCGUGUGUGUUCACCCUGACGCCGGCCCUCGUCCCGGGACACGGUCCCUACAUCCACUGGACCCGCGGCUCAGGAGCCCAGGAGCGGACGGUGCUGUCGGCCCGGGACGGGGUGGUCCGGGUUCACCAGGCGUACGCGGGUCGGAUCAGUCUGCCCGGAUACUCCCACAACCACCUGAACGCGUCGCUGGCGCUCAAUCAGCUCCGCUCCGACGACUCCGGGACCUUCCGAUGCCACGUCGCUCUGGGGGACAGUUAUGAGCAGGACACCGUCAACCUGGAAAUCACAGGUGUGGUGUUUCACUACCGCUCUCCUGUGGAUGGAUAUUCCCUGUCGUAUGCGGAGGCCGUCGCAGCGUGUGAGGAUAACUCGGCUCAGAUCGCCUCGGUUGAGCAGUUGUGGGCCGCGUUUCACUCCAGCAUGAGCAACUGUGAGGCCGGCUGGCUCAAUGACCAGAGCGUCAGGUAUCUCGUACAGACACCGGAGCUCGGAUGCUUUGGACACACUGAGUUUUCUCGUGGAGUGAGGAAUUAUGGGAAACGGGACCCUUCGGAGUUGUUUGACGUUUACUGUUUCGCCAAUGACAUGCAAGGUGAGGUGUUUCCCGUCUCCGUCCCGGAUGGACUGACCCGUGUCUCGGCCUCUGCUCUCUGCGAGUCCUCAGGGGCCCGGCUGGCCACCGUAGGGCAGCUCUCGCUGGCCUGGACAUCCGGCCUGGACCACUGUGAGCCGGGCUGGGUGUCUGACGGGAGCGUGAGGUCGGUCAGAGCGCUUCGGUCCGAGUGUCCCGGAGGAGAACCGGGCGUCACAACCGUUCCAUCAACAGAGCUGAGAAACGGAUCCGCUCGCUUUGAUGCGUUCUGCUAUCGAGCAAAGAGACCGCAGAAGGCUGUGACGGGCAUCGUGAAGUCCUUACUGAGACCGUGGAGGUACAUGACCGGAGACGACGCCGCUGACGCACAGUCGGAUCUUCCCGACCUUCGUCCCUCUAACUGGACCGGACAGGUGGAUUUGGACAAGGAUUUGGAUCUGCACAUGGAAGCCCCCGAGCUCUCCGCCGAGUAUCUGACGGCCCGGCUCCGGGCUGGAGACACGUAUUUGGACUGGAGUGGACAGUUGGACUCGUUCCCGGACGGAGAACAGGUGGUUCCGGCUCCGGGGUCAGAUCCGGGUCCUGGAGGCUCGGCCACAGAGGAAGAGGAUGAAGAUCUGUCCGGUCAGUCUGUCAGUCCUACAGCUCCUCAAGGAAAGGGCAAGAGUUCCCUCAACAACAUCGUCAGCUCAUUGUGGAAACCCUGGAGCUACUUGACAGGAAGUGAUGCGGAGGCGAGUGUGACCACGCCUGUGAUGGACACGCAAACCACUGCAACUCGUGAGUCAGAGGACGACAGAUGCAGUUGUCUUCACGGAGGGACGUGUCUUCCUCACGGAGAGGCUUUCCGCUGCUUCUGUCCGCAGGGAUACGCAGGAGAGAGCUGUGAGAUCGAUGUUGACGACUGUCAGUCGAAUCCCUGUGAGAACGGCGGCACCUGCAUCGAUAAAGAAGACUCGUUUGUGUGUGUGUGUUUGCCGAGCUACAGCGGAGACCGGUGUGAGAGAGACACCGAGGGCUGUGAACACGGCUGGAAGAAGUUUCACGGCCACUGUUACCGUGUGUUCCCGCGCAGACACACCUGGGAGGACGCGGAGAAGGACUGUCGGGAACACAGCGGUCACCUGACCAGCAUCACUUCCUCUCUGGAGCUCGACUUCCUCAACGGUCUGGGUCAUGAAAACGUUUGGAUCGGUCUGAAUGAUCGGACAGUGGAAGAGGAUUUCCAGUGGACUGAUGGAACGGACGUUGUGUUCGAGAACUGGCGGGAGAAUCAGCCGGAUAACUUCUUCGCGGGCGGAGAGGAUUGUGUGGUGAUGAUCACUCGAGAGGACGGCAAAUGGAACGAUGUUCCCUGCAACUACAACCUACCCUACAUCUGCAAGAAAGGCUCAGUGAUGUGUGGGACUCCUCCGGCCGUCGACAACGCCUCUCUGGUGGGCCGGCGCCGCUCACACUACGACCUCCACGCUGUGGUGCGAUACCAGUGCGCCAACGGCUUCUUCCAGCGCCACAUUCCCACCGUCCGCUGCCGGCCCAGUGGAGUCUGGGAGAGACCCAAGAUCAUCUGUACUAAAUCACGGCGAUCUCACCGUUACCGUCGGCAACACCACAGAUCUCGGCGUGAGCAUCGGAGACACCGGAGACACGGAUCCGGGCACAGGGGGCGGAGCUAAACCGCAGGGGACGUGACCUCUGACCCCGUGACAUAUGACCCCGUGUUUCCCUGUUCAGAGGAAAUGCAACAGACGGAAAGGACAGAAACUAUCACUCCUUUUCUCGUUUAUACCGAUGUUGUUUUUUAGCUCAUUUAGGAUUCAUUAACUCGACGUUCAUUAGAAUAACGCACUGAAGGAUAAACGCCUCUGCUCUUCAUCUUUUGGGAUAGUUGUACACUCGAAAAUAUGCUGGGUUGUUUCAACACAAAUUUGGGUCAAAUAUGGACAAACCCAAAUGUUGGGUUAAAAUGUAAUUAAAAAAU